CAAUACCCGCCAUGUGUACAAAACAUUUAGCCCCGCGAUCACCAAAACAAAGAUGGCGGGUGAGGAUGGGAGUUUAGCCGCGGCCCUUCGACAAGUAUUUGGCCUUGUACCGGGAAAUAGAGGCCUCCACGCUGCCCACCGCUGACCCACAGUUGCAGGACCAAAUAAAGACCGCCAUUGCAGGGUUGAUCCGCACAACAGUCGUGGCCUCGGAGACUGGCGUGUUUAGCAGCAACGAGACCCUGGAUGACCUCCCGACCUCCUCCAUUAAGCUACUCCUCCUCCCUGCCCUCCUCGGCUCUCUCACACUCAAACGUACAGACACAGACAGGCCAGAAGCACUCCGAUUGGCUGCCGUUUACUUUAGGGACUUUUUGCGGAGGUCUUUUGAGUAUGGGGUGAUGGAUAAGGCCCCUAAAUUUCUGGAGGAGGAGGAGGAGGAAGAGGAGGAGGAGGAGGAGCAGGGGAAGAAGAGGAAAGGUGGUGGUGGUGGUGGUGGUGGUGGUUCACAGCCCACUCCUCAGGAGCUCCAGGCCAUGGCAAGACAGAGGCAGGACAAGAUACAGCGUUACAGAGAGAGGAAGGAGCUGGAGGGGCACCUGGCUGAGCUGAAGGGAGUGUUGGACAAGAAGGGGCUGGAUGAGGAACUUUUGAGGGAAUACCAGCUUAAAUUAGUCAAGAAAUUUGUGUGUGACAGUGUGGAGGAGCUGGAGAGUGUGACAAUAGAGAGACAAAUGUUGCAGAAAAUUUCCAUGUUAAAAUUAAAAGAGUCCGCCACCACCACCGCCGCCACCACCACCACCACCGCUGCCCCACCUGGUGUCCCCCUUAAGCCAAUUUUAAUCACAAGAGACGCCUGCCGAAGGAAUGUGUUUGGCUUAGGCUACCCCAGUCACCCCACAAUGACCGUUGAAGAGUUUUAUGACCAACGAGUCAGAGAGGGAUGGUUCCCAGACCCCAGCAAGAGCCGCGGGUGUCUUCAAGACCGCGCCACCUUCACGCAGGAGGAGGAGAAGGCGCUGAAGGAGGAGGAGGAGGAGGAGGAGGAGAGGAAGGAGGAGGAGGAUGACCGUGGGAACUUGGAGAGGCUGAGGGAGAGAGAUGAUUGGAGGGAUACACACAGAACGGGGUGGGGAAACACACACAAUAGAAGCUGAGGGGGAGUGAGUGAUUAAAAAGUGGAAUUGAGAAGGAUUGUGUGGGAUUGGGUGCGUGUGAGAGGGAUUAAGAGAGAUCGGGUGCAUCCGAGUGGGAUUUUGAAAGCAUUUGAACGCGGUUGUUACUUCGAGAGGGAUCAGAGUGGAGCUGAGUCUGUGAGGGAGAUUGGAGAGUGGGAAGAAGAGGAACUCGUCAGAUGUGUUUAUGAGCCAAAUUGAGAGCGAUCGAGUGCAGCUGAGUGGUGUUGAGAGUUCAUGGAGAGUGGGAUUAGGGUGAGAGGCGCGAAGGGUGACACAGAGAGGGGCUAAGGCAGUUCUGAGUGGGAGGAAAGAAAGACGAACGGAUUUGAGUGGGAUGUGAGAGACGAGAGACGUAUUUGUAUGUAAAUUAAAGUGUUUGUGUGUGUGUGUGUGUGUGUGUGUGUGUGUGUGUGUGUGUGUGUGUGUGUGAAUGGGGAAGAAAAGGAGAGAAAAUUGAUGAGAAAAAAAGAGAGAUUAGAAAAUAUUAAUGGUUGAGUAAAAAAUAAAAUGGAUGAAUUUGA